AUGGCAGGAGCUACAGGUUCUCAUGGUUUUCCUGUGCCUGGUAGAGGAUAUGUGUUUGCUAGUAAACUACUUGGUGGAUUUGCUGCAUUUUCUCAUGGUCAUCAUCAUGGUCAUCAUUCACCAAUAAAAGACUCAACUUUAUUGAAUGAAGAAAAGAGUUAA